CUCCCAUGGCAGGAGCAGUUGAUUCCUUGGGACUGUAAUCUCUUCAUUAGUUAUUCUUGUGUUCUAACCAAGUAAAGUGGCACCUUACCAAUCCAGGACAGAUAAUGUACAAAAGGUCAUUGAGCUCCUCAAAAGACACUCGGGUUGAAUUCUAUGACUGGGCCCAUGUUACAUAAAUGAAACUGUGUGAUUGCAUGUGAUCGCACUUAUCUGAGAUCCAGGCUUUAUGCCCUCCGACAUAGGGUAUCUGGACACACUUUCUUUCAGGAGGUUGCAGAGGUUUAGAAAAAAGUGUUGUGAUAGGCUAGACGUUUGCCAGGCCACUAAUACUUGGAAGUUUGAUGCCCGAAUUACAGACAGUUUUACGUCGAUCGACAAUGUCUGUCGUCGAUCUUCUCGAUUCAUUCCACGGCAGGCCAAGGUGUUUGGCAAUGAUUCACAGUGCAGGAAACUGGUCCAGCUGUCAGUCGGUCCCACGAAGUCCUGCGGGCGGGUUUCACUUUGGCUUGAGCUGAAUAAAGUGCAUCCGAUCCAUUCUAUCGAGAGUCAAUCAGGUUCCAGCUCAAAAGUACGAGCCCAUUCUCACUCAAUCAAUUCCAGGACAGGACGGCGAUGGAGUCCAGGUAAGGCGAUGGAAGGCGAUGGGCUAGCAGGCCCAGUACGAGGCGAGGUAAGGCGAGGCGGCGAUGGGAGGUUUGCCUUUCCACCCCAAAACGAGACAGCACCUGACUUCGGCCCGACUGUGACCGUCGCAGGCGUAGAGGCCGAGCCAGGCAGGAGCGUCGCGGAGGAACUUCAAGGGACGCGCUUGGUGGCCCGCUCGGCUCGUGCGCCGGCGCCACUCAUCGAUCGCCUCGAGCCUUUCGACGCGGGCGGGGCCUUCGCACGACACGAUGUUCUCGAUCUCUUGGGCGAAGGUGGAACUGCUCGACCUUCAGUCGCCGGUGGCUGGAUCGCGGCUUGACGGCGUCCGACGAGUCGAAGAUGGCCGAGUGGUAUUGCAGAGCCUCCGUGAACCGGCCCAGGACGUUAGGCGCGACUCUCGUUCACGACGCAAGGCAGCUGCAGCACGCUGUUCAUGGACAGAGCCUCGCCGUCGCGAAGCUCCACCUGCCAGCGUCGCGGGUUUUCCUGCGACUCCGUCACUACGCGGAACCCGAACGGCACGCCGUGCUGCGCGGCGCAGCAGCCAUUUCCCGACCUACCUCGUCUAGCAGGCGGCUAUCAGCGGCCGGACGCAAUGCGCAGCGAGUUCGGACGGCCGCAUGGUCUCGUCGACAUGAGCGUCGUAUGAGCGACGGCCACUCAAGCCGGUGGCUCAUGCUGAGGUCGACGACGUGCAGAGCGGCCUCGCCGUCGAAGACUUCGAGAAUGGCGCAGUUGGCAGCGUAGUGACCGAACGCCACGUCAGCAGCGGCCGUGUACAUCAACCACGUAUCGACAUACCUUCGUCGGCGGCGAGGCGAGGCGGCAGGCCCUCGACGAAGCACGACGUCACACGCUGCAUGGAGUCGGCGUAGAGAGACGCCAGGUCUCGCCGCAGUGAAACGCAGUGACCGGCGACGGACUCGAAUGACGGCGACGGCCACGAAGAGCUCGACAACGUGGCUGCCGAGGUCGUGUCUACGAGGGGGAUAUGGUUCCUGUGAUUCUUCACUCGAUCCGAGGAAUUUUCCCGCGGGCUGUAUGAUUUGGAAACUGCAGCAGCCUCACGGGAGUAGAAUCCGAGUGCAAUUUCCCAACGAGCGUUCUCUGGCUGCUGCUGCUGCUCAAUCACCACUGCCCUUCGGAGGACGAUCAUCGCAGGAAGAGGCUGCAUCUACCGAAGAGGGGAAUAGAUCUUUUAUGUCCAUGAUUGCAGUCGAUGACUCGUGAUCGAGCCUUCAUCUGAUCCGUAAAUCCAAGACUCCAUCCGGAGCAAUUCCUGAAUUCCGGAUGCACUCUGAAACCCCCUCGAGUCAAACUCUGUGCAUACUGGCUUCUUUUCCAUAACAUGGCCUCGGUCUCGCCUGUGGACGCCAGACAUGCGCUUUGCUUGCAAUUGACUCUGCUCUCAGCUCCCUCGCCCGCUGCGCCGCAGCAGCUGCUGCUGAUGUCGAUGGUCAGGUAAAACGAGCCGCCGCGGCUGUGCAUGCUGCUGCAGCCGUCUGCUCGGGCCGGACAUGCUGUCGGAGAGGAGGAGAUAUCCACGCUCUCAGAUAUAGCAGAUUCGAAUUCAUUUAGAUCGAGAACCGCAGGCUGCUGGUGGGACUUGCUGAAGCAGCAGUCACUGGUUGAAGUAAAUGAUGGAAGCAGGUUUUCGUGAGCCAUGACUGUCGAGCUUGGCAAUUGACUCUCUCGCGAGACAGGCCGAUCUUCAUGUUCAAUCAUAGUCGGGCCUUGUCAACUUGGACCUCAUGCCAUUCAUUAUCAGGCUCAGUGGACGGGCACCUGUCGAGGCCCCUACAUUGACAAGACUUCUUUGGAAGUUCAGUGAGUUUACGCAUGUCCGUCGGGGUGACGGGGGGUGGGGAGUUUACGCAUGGGGUUCGUUCGCUUUGAAGAAUGCAGAAGAAGGAGACGACCUGGAUUCGGCAUAAAUGUGACCUCGAAGAAGUUGAGCAAUGUUGAUGUAAAAAUAUCCAUGUGCGUGAUCAUCUGGAGAAUCACGACGUGGAAUUUCAUGAUGAAGCCUCGAGAGGGUUGGCCUCGACUAAUGGCAUCAGAUGCAAGCAAGGGUAUGGAAUGAAACUUGGAAAAUGCUCGCAAUUUCGAAGAGUGGCCUCGAAGUGGCUGAAGAAUCUCGGGUCCUGAGUCCCAUGUCCCUCGUUCAUUCUUGCCGGAGUGUUAUUCACACUAGCUCUGCUGAUCACUGCUUGACAGUAAACCGGACGAAACUGCUUAACAAGGUCCUCGCUGAUGAAAGUAAAUCUCGAGUUUUGAGAGAAGCAAUUUUCUCCGUCAUUAUCAGAGGCCUUGGUGUGUCUGUCUUUACCUCUUGAGCUUGCGUGGGCAUGGGGCGGACGGCUUUUCUCCUUCUGCUUCCGGUACAAACGUCAAUGUUGUAGGCUGGUUAUCGAGUAGGAUAGGUAGGCCCUCUCAAGCUUUCCCCCCCACCACCUAAGAAUCGUAGGUGCGAGUUUCGUGGAAUUGCUGCGCCGAACCAUAUAUAUACAGAAACAAAAAAAAAUUGACUCUUUAUACUAAACCCUCAUUGUUCAACAUUAGUGUUCCAU